UCUUGGUGACGGACUUCUCAUGCUGUUGCUCGUUUUAUUUUCUUUAGGAGAGAAUGAGGCACUCGGAAUACAUGACUUCACUAUCAGCUCAGGUGAAUCAUUGUUGAUAAUAAGUAACAUUCUCGUGGAUUAAUCCCUGAGUUUAAGGAACAUUUGAAUUUCAUGGUUCACAGUGAAAGGAUUUAACAUUUGAAAACCGAAGGAAUAACUCUUCAUUUGUGUCUAUGGAUUCACUGUUUGGUCAGUGCUCUCCCACUCUGAGGACCCUCAUGACUCCCAGAGGCCAGUGAUGUUGGCCAUGCAGCACUACAACUCCUCAGGCCUGGCUGCCCCCCAUCUCCUCCCCAACCAGACCUGGGGGGUGGAGGGGGUGCCGGCCAUGGCCUGGAGGGCAAACAUCACAGAGAGGCCCAUGUCUCCCCCCAGUAACCCCACAGCAGCCGGCCUCUCCAUGACCCUGGGCAUCCUGUCCAACAUCGUAGCCCUGGUCAUCCUGGCCAAAGCCUACGCCCGCCUGCGCCGCCGCUCCAAGGCCACCUUCCUGCUCUUCGCCAGCUCCCUGGUGGCCACAGACUUUGCCGGCCACGUCAUCCCCGGUGCCCUGGUGUUGAGGCUGUACUCAGCUGGGGCUGCGACUGGGCCCUUAGCUCGCGCUGCCACCGAUGCCCCCUGCCAGUUCCUAGGGGGUAGCAUGGUGUUCUUCGGCUUGUGCCCAUUGUUUCUGGGCUGUGCCAUGGCUGCUGAACGCUGCCUGGGCGUCACACAGCCCCUGCUCCAUGCCUCACUGGUCACCACGGCUCGCACCAAGAUGGCGCUGGCUCUCAUCUGGCUGCUGGCUCUGUGUGUGGCCCUCCUGCCCUUCUUCAGGCUGGGGGCCUACACCUACCAGUACCCCUGGACCUGGUGCUUCAUCAGGGUCCUGGGAGAGACUCAGGAGACGGACGUGGCCUUUGUCAUGCUGUUCUCUGGACUGGGCCUGGCCUCUCUGACUGUGGCCCUGGUGUGUAAUACCAUCAGUGGGGUCACGCUGGUGCUUGCCAGACUGCGUAAGAAGUGUAAGACCUGCUACCGUCGCUCAGCCAAGUCCCACGACAUUGAGAUGGUGGCCCAGCUGGUGGGCAUUAUGAUCACCUCUUGCAUCUGCUGGAGCCCCCUGCUGAUCUUCGGCCUGAUGUCAGUCACACGGUCCUACAGUGGUUCCAUAGGCAGUGACCAGGACACAUACAGGAGGUUGAUGGUGAUGGGCGUCCGGCUGGCCUCCUGGAACCAGAUCCUGGACCCCUGGGUCUACAUCCUGCUGCGCCGGGCCGUGCUGAGAAAGAUCUACCGCAUCACCAAGAGCCGAGCCAGCUUCAAGAACAGCACCUUCCGCCACUGGGACAUCAGCUCCUUCCAGAACUCUGAGAAAAUAAACACUGUCAACAGGAUCUGAGGGAGAAGAAAAGCCACAGACAGAAAGAGACUUCUUAUCAGGUCCUUUGUUGCUCUUGGUGCUUUAUUUACGACCCAAGCCAACAUGAUGGACGGAGGAGAAGACUGAACCUCCAGCAGUAGGAUCUAACAGCAGUGUUGGUGUAUCACACAAAAGGAAAUACCCAUUGCCUAUAAGACCUAUGUUCCUUUAUUGAGAACUGUGUGGGUCUGCCUGACUGUGAAAGUCUAUGGGGUUUGGGAUUAAAAACAUCAUCCUCCAGAUCUUGGAUCUCUGUCAGAUUGAUUUGAUUGGCCAGUAAGACCUGAUUUUGACUGUUGUGUGGAGAAGUCUCAUAAUUUUAUGAGAAACAGCCAAACCAGACUAUACUCAAACAAAGAAAAUGGCAUGAACGGAUUUAUAACAAAAAAAUAUGACCAAGUAAGGAGAGUAUGCUUCACCUGGAUACUGGACACAUAGCACAGAUAAUUCUGGCCAUGGAGAAAGGCCUGUUGUAAAAUUGUAUGGUAGGUCACGCAACAUGAGUCUUUCUCUGUGUACAUAACAGUACAUGAAAUGAAGCUGACUAUAAGAUCUCAACAACAAACAUCUCAAAUUAUAUAUAUGUGUGUGUGUGUGUGUGUGUGUGUGUGUUACUGUCAGUGUUUUUUGGAGUUCAUACUUUGUUUGUUUGUGGAAAUGUCAAAGUGCACUUUGACACAUCAUGAAGUCAGUGGCACUAUGCCAAAGCAAAGUAAAGGCUGUGCUUUUACCUGUGCUUGAAGAUGUGAAAGACAUACAGUAUGUGUCAAACCUGUAAUGCUAUUGACAUGUGUGUAUUUAUUACUUACAGUUGAA